GGACCAUCUAAUUGACACUCGUUCCGUUGCUCCCAAGGCCAUUGACCAUGCUCCGCUCACUAUUUCAAGGCUUGCUCCUCAGCUCAGGAGCUCUUGCAGCCAGUCCUGACUUCCAAGCUCUCUUUGCUCCCUCUCUUUCGCCAGGAGUAGAGAUAGCCUCCUCGUCUGAUGCCAACUUCAAGCAGGUAGCUUCUCCUCGCUGGUCGGUCUGGCAUGCCCCAACAUUCGAAGCCGCCAUCAAGCCGAAAACUGAGGAAGAUGUGCAGAAUAUCGUUAAAAUAGCAGGGCAAAACAACAUCUCAUUUCUAGCGACGCUUAACGGACACAGUUCCAAUCUUCUAUACUCCAACCUUCAAAAUGCUCUCAACAUCAACCUUGCGAACUUCAACUCGGUUACAGUGGAUCCUGUCACGAAUCGUAUGACUGUUGGCGGAGGCGUCACGUUUGGGAACAUAUCCGACCCCUUAGCUGAGGCUGGAAAAGAAAUGCAAACCGGAAACGCCGUCUGUGUUGGUCUCGUUGGUGCCACUAUCGGCGGUGGCAUCGGCACCUUGCAAGGUCUUCGCGGCCUCGUUCUAGAUGCCCUCGAGUCUGUGCGAAUGGUGACAGCAGCGGGUGAGAUCGUUACUGCUUCGAAUAAAGAGAACCCGGAGUUAUUCUGGGCGAUCCGUGGCGCGGGUGCCAAUUUCGGCAUCAUCGUCUCAGCCACUUACAGCGUCUAUGACUGGACUAACCAGGGACGGGUGACUCUGGCCAAUUUUGGCUUCCACCCCUCAGCCAACCGCUCCGUCUGGGAGCUGUUGAAGUCUUAUGACGACUACAUCCCACAGAAGCUUGCUCUCAUUCCCUCCAUAACGUACAAUCGCACGAUCAAUGAGACAAACAUUGGAUUUGGCCUAGUCUACUACGGCACCCAACGUGAGGCCCAACCUUACCUGGAUCAGCUUGCGGCGCUGAACCCAGCUACCAGUACUGUUCAGAACAUCACGACUGCGGAGAUGCACGAGAUCUUUUCUCGGGGUGCGUGUGAUGCAGGCUAUCGGCGCAACGUAUUCACGAUCGGCCUGCGGAAAACGGACCCUACUACCUACGAGAGGACGUUGAGCGACCUGACAGAAUUCUACGAGACGUAUCCCGACUACAGCGGCAGCUUCGCGAUCCAGAGAUACAGCAAUGAGGCCAUGUUGCAGGUGCCCGAUGAGUCGACGUCAUACCCUUGGAGAGACAUCGGUGCUUACAUGCUAUUUGACAACGAUUACACCGAUCCUGCCUUAGAUGACAUUGUCGAGAACUUCUCGCGCGGCAUACGCUCUAGGUUCGAGGCUGUGAGUGGAUUUAAAGAGCCCCAGGUAUACCUGAACUACGACCACGGCGAUGAACCCCUGACCCAAACAUUCGGGGCAUCGAAACUACCAAAACUCCGCGCCCUCAAGAAGCAAUGGGAUCCGCUGUACCGCUUCGGGUAUGCCAACCCCAUCUACUAG